AUCGGCCUUGCUGUAGGGGACAUCCAGAGUGUGCUGACCAAUGCUCGGUUACAGAGGCUGACACUCCAGGUGAACCUCCACUCGGACAUAGAGAGGAAGAUGCCGAGGGAGCUGCUGGUGAAGCUGGACAAGGAAACCUACAGAGUGUACCCCAACAGACGGAGGACCUUCCUCCAGAACAUGUGGUCCAAGGUUAUGUCCUACGACAACGAAUUUAACGGCAUGGACGAGGGUCGAACCGCAGCCCACAACCAAUACGUCUACACGGAGCUGAACAAACAGAAGAACAGGUUGAAAGAGUUGUCGGGCACGAUGGAGCGGAACCAUGACCUCCUGCGUCAGAUUGCCCGGGGGAUGGACAUUCACUCGGAGGAAGAUGCCAGGGAUGAAGGCCUCGCCUCUGCUGAUAGUCUCCAGUCAUUGCUCUUCCCUGACGGCCAGUCGCUGGAGUGGUCGUCCACGUCACUCGGGAGGGUCAUGCUGCAGCAGUCCAUGGUGGUGGCCUGGUGGAAGCGGUUCGCUGGACGGGGGCGAGGGGAGGAAUACGGCGGGGACGAGGGGGCAGGAGAUGAGGUCAAGAUUAUAUAUUGUAUUUUAUAUUGA